AUGGGCUCUGUGUCCAAGCAGCAGUGUACAGGGAGCUGCGCAAAGACCGAGGAGGAGGAGGGUCCGACCCACGAGGAAGACUCGCAGUCCUUCCACGGCAGCGGCGUGUGCAAGUGGUUCAACGUGAGGAUGGGCUUCGGCUUCCUGUCCAUGACGAGUCGGGAGGGGGCCCAGCUCGACACCCCCGUGGACGUGUUCGUGCACCAGAGCAAGCUGCACAUGGAGGGUUUCCGCAGCUUGAAGGAGGGUGAGGCUGUGGAGUUUACCUUCAAGAAGUCCUCCAAGGGUCUGGAGUCCCUGCGAGUGACCGGGCCUGGAGGCGCUCCCUGCCUGGGCAGCGAGAGGAGACCGAAGGGGAAGAGCAUGCAGAAGCGCCGCUCGAAGGGGGACCGAUGCUACAACUGCGGAGGACUGGACCACCAUGCCAAAGAGUGCAAGCUGCCCCCGCAGCCCAAAAAGUGCCAUUUUUGUCAGAGCGUCGCACAUAUGGUGGCCAACUGUCCGGCGAAAGCGCAGCAGUCGUCGCCCGGCUCCCAGGGAAGGCCGGUCUCCUCGAGAGCCGAGGAAGAAGAGGCGGCUCGCGCCUGUCUCGUUGCCCCGGAGAGCUCCAAAUGA